GUAUAUGUAACUUUCUUGGCUUCAAAUUGUUUCAAAUUUGAAUCGUCCUUUGUGAUUAGAAAACAAAUCUGUAACAUAAUCAGCAAGAUCACUUUCAGCAAUUAAACUCAUUAUGCAGUGAACACUUGGUGACACAAACUAUUUCUCAUGUCUAGGCAGCAUUAUCUCUUCUCAACAUAGUAGUCAUUUGAUUGAACUUCAAACUUUCCUUCUUGAUUGAUCUGCAGGUUCCAAACAUGUCAGAGGCCAGUUCUUAUUCCACUGACCUUGCAAAAAUGAGAAAUGCUCUUCUAUCAUCAGUUUCUUCUAGGCUUCACUCCAAUGGAAACGAUGAAGUUCAGUUAGAGUUUUUAGCGGGCUCCAUGCAAAUGAACGACCUAACUAACUUCCUUUGCAAUGGCUUCAACAUGGAGUCUAGAAUAUUCAAAGAUGACAGCCAAAUGGGUGAAGGAGUCAAUACACAGCCUAGCCAGUCUCAGUCUCUGAUUUAUGACUACAAUCAUCAACCAGGUAGUCUAUAUGCCAUCCCAAGCAUCAAAGACAUUUAUCAUCAUUCAUUGUUGCUUGACAAAGACCCUUCUUCUCAAUAUGAAAGAGUAUGUGAAAAUAAACGUCCGUUUGAGUACACUGACAACAUGUCCUUGUGGAAAAAAAUGAGAAGCAAUCCCAAAAGCAAAAUCACAAUAAUGGAACCGAAAUGCCAUCAACCAGAGCAAGAUUCAGAUGUAACAAAAUUUGUUGUGGCAAUGAGGAGAAAUCCAAAGCUUAGUGAUAAAGUUACAACUCUACAAAAGCUGGUUUCACCUUUUGGAAAGACUGACACAUCCUCAGUUCUUCAUGAGGCUUCUCAUCAUAUAAAGCUUCUUCAAGCACAAAUCCGGACUUUGUUUCAGAUGCUGAGCUUCUCUUACAUUAAUACGAUUAAAGAUCAUACUCAGGUGUCACCUCAGGAAUUUGGGGACAAAUUACAGAUUGACCUAAACAGCAGGGGACUGUGUUUGGUUCCCGUAUCAGUCACGGAGAAAGUAAAAAUGGUAGACCAGAUUCAUCUGUCUUCAGCCUCAAGUAAUAUUAUUUACUCCUGAAAUUUCUAAUUCCACAAUUGUGAACAGCAUGAUGCUGAAAAUGAACAGGGGCAACUGCUCCUUUAAAAGCAUGUUUGUAAUAAAUGGGCACACUCUUGUCUUAAGGACAUCGAUGUAUUUAUUUCAGCUCAAAUUUAAAAGAAAGCCACAGCCACACAUAAUAUAUU